GUAGGAAAAGUUGUAAACACUUUAGACCUAUGAUCAGAUUACAUCUUAAUGAUUUUACGGGCAUCCAAACGACUACUAAGUGAUUUUUAAGUGCCUGCGUAUCAUCACACUCUGCCAGAGUAUCGAAGAUUUUAUCAACUAUCUACUCCAAAAGCAGCCGCUGCUCCAAAUUAAGUGAUGGGUUCUCCCACAAUAACCGUUGGGAGCUCCCCUUUCCCGCUAAUUUCAAAUUCCAAUUCAAAAACCAAGCACUCCCACCCUCAGAACCAAACCAUCUCUCUCUUGCAGAGUUGCAAAAGCAUCAGCCAAUUCCCCCAAAUCCAUGCAAAAGUCAUCAAAGAUGGCCAUCAACAAGACACCCAUUUGCUCUACAACAUCCUCAGAUUCUGCUCCAACCACAAAUCCAUGGAUUACGCAUCCAAGAUUUUCGAAAAGAUCAAAAACCCAAAUGUUUAUCUUUACACGGCUCUCAUCGAUGGCCAAAUCACUUCCCGUUCUUACCUUGAUGCCAUCCGGAUCUACUCCCAAAUGGUGGGUGAAUCAGUUGAACCAGACUCUUACGUGAUUUCCUCUGUUCUGAGGGCAUGUGGUUUCCGGUCGGAUUUAAAUGCGGGCCGUGAAAUUCAUGGUCGGGUUUUGAAGCUACAGCUCAGAUCCAACAGAUCCGUUAGGAUGAAACUUAUCGAAUUUUAUGGUAAAUGUGGGGAAUUUGCAGACGCCCGCCAGGUCUUCAGUGAAUUUCCUGAAAGAGAUGUCGUUGCUUCAACAGUCUUGAUCUCUUGCUAUGCAGAUCAUGGUUUGACCAAAGACGCCCGUGUUGUUUUUGAAGAGGUGCCUGAGAAGGACACUGUGUGUUGGACGGCCAUGAUCAAUGGGUAUGCUCGGAAUGGUCGGAUGAAUGAGGCAUUGGCGCUUUUCAGGAAGAUGCAGGGGGAGAAUGUGAGGCCUAAUGAAGUUACCAUUGUAUGUGUUUUGUCAGCUUGUUCGCAAAUGGGGGCAUUGGAGCUUGGAAGAUGGAUUGAUUCCUAUGUGGGCAAGUACAAUAUCAGGCUGAAUGUUUUCGUGGGGUCCACUCUCAUCGACAUGUACUCAAAGUGUGGGAGUCUGGAUGAUGCACGGAGAGUGUUUACUGAGAUGCCGAAGAGAGAUGUCGUCGCUUACAAUUCAAUGAUUGCCGGGCUCGCCCUACAUGGAAAGAGUGGUGAAGCAGUGGAGAUGUUCAGACAGAUGGCGCAGCAAGGACUGAGACCAACCCAGGUUACGUUUGUGGCCGUUUUGAAUGCUUGUAGCCAUGGAGGUUUGGUAGAUUUGGGAUUUGAGAUCUUUCAUUCCAUGACCAACAAGUAUGGAAUCGAACCACGGAUCGAGCACUACGGAUGUAUGGUGGAUCUUCUUGGCCGGGUGGGCUAUCUAGAAGAGGCUUAUGAUUUCAUUGGGAAAAUGAGAAUCGAACCGGAUCAUGUUAUAUGGGGGGCUCUGCUUGCUGCCUGUAAAAUCCAUGGGAAUCUCACAUUAGCAGAACGGGUAGCAGAAAUUCUGGUAAAUGAAAGAGCUGCUGAUUCGGGAACUUACGUUCUUCUUGCUAACACUUAUGCUUCAUUGGGGAAAUGGGACGCCGCAGCUCAUGUGAGGUCAAAGAUGAAGGGGAGGGGGAUUCAAAAGGAACCUGGUUGUAGUUCGAUCGAAGUGAACAAUGAGAUCCAUGAGUUUAUGUUGGGGGAUCUCAGGCACCCGCAAAGAGAAGGAAUCUAUAAAAAGCUUGAGGAAUUGAAUGGGAUUUUGAAAUCAGAAGGGUAUUCACCGGCGACAGACAUUGUUUUACAGGACAUAGACGAGGGUGAGAAGGAAUGGGCCUUAGCAAUCCACAGCGAGAGAUUGGCAAUAUGUUAUGGGCUCAUCUCUACAAAACAGCAGACGACAAUAAGAGUUGUGAAGAACCUCAGGGUGUGCGGCGAUUGCCAUACGAUGAUUAAGCUCAUCGCAAAGAUUACAAGGCGAAAAAUCAUAGUGAGAGAUCGAAAUCGUUUCCACCAUUUUGAAGAUGGGCGUUGUUCUUGUGGUGAUUAUUGGUGACAACAGCACCAAUUGUUCAAAGACAGCACUAAUCGUUCAAAGAGAAUCAACCAUCUCUACCACAAAGAAUGUUAAACGUAGAUUUCCAUGUGUAUGAGAGACCACUCCUGCAAUUUGAGUUGACCAUUCAAAAUUUUCAUGAAAAACAACACCCAAACCCAAACAGCUAAACUAGCAUUGGAUUCCACAGUUUCCCAUUUCUAGGGGAUUCCAUGUCUACUAAAAAAAAUUCGAGAAAUGCCAAGUGUACUUGCCCAUGGGAGAUGGACAGGAGGCUUCACUGAACCAUUGUUCUAAAAGUCACUGGCUUGACUCGAAACUCAGCUGAUUCAUUUUUGUCAGAUUUCAAGCUGAGUUGCUAGGAAACUCAGAACUGUAACUGACUUGCCGAGUCAUUAGGAAUGUUGGAACUGUAACUGACUCGCUGAGUCACUGGGAACUCAGAACUGUAUCUGACUUGAAAUUGACUGGAGAGACUCAAUGACAGUGAUUUCGCUGCUGCUUGGCGUGACUCAA